AUGGCUAACAACAUUUAUGAAUUAGAGCAAAAAAAACAUAUGGAAAUGUUACAGAAUUGGCAAAAUAGAAGAGAUGCCAUUGAAGAAGAAACCAUCGGUCAAGCGAAAAAUCCGAGAUGGUUGAAUUACAAAUCUAAAUUAUUGACGGCCUCUAAUUUUGGAAGAAUAUGCCGUCGUCGAAUUGGUACGCUCUGUGGAAAUGCAGUGAAGUCGUUAGUGUAUCCACGACUGAUUAGUGCACCUGCAGUACAAUAUGGACAGGAAUGCGAAAAAUUCGCACGUGAAGAACUAAGUGUGUGCAUUGGUGUUGAAAUUAAAGAAUGUGGAUUAUUUAUUGAUAGUGCCAUCCCGUUCUUAGGAGCUUCGCCAGAUGGACUUAUAAACGAAGAGGGCAUUGUUGAAAUCAAAUGUCCGAAAACGGCGGAGAAUUUAUUGCCGGAGGAGGCAAUCAAAAGUGUUGCAGUUAUUCGGCGUAUAUUUGCAGACGCAGAAGGAAAUGCACUGAACAGGAACCACUACUAUUACUACCAAAUACAAGGACAAUUACAUGUCACAGGUAGAAAAUAUUGCUUAUUUUGUAUCUGGACCCGAAAAGGGUUAAAGUACAUUAGAGUCGAUAGAGACGAUAACUUUUGGCAAAACAAUAUGGAGCCAAAAUUAAUUCAAUUUUAUUUAUUGUGCAUGUUACCGGAAUUAAUAGAUAGCCGGUACAAUAGAGGAAUGCCCAUUCGGGAGCCUCAAUUUAUAACAGAGGAAAGAGCAAGCUUAGAAAAGCGUAAAAGGUCGAUCUCAGAAAGUAGCACGAAUACUGCUACUGUCCGGCGUCGCACUGCACUGUAAAGUGCAGUACCACUGACUCUGUUGGUGGUUCACAAUUGCACGAAAUAGCAAUUGUACUCGUGGAUCAUACGAUCUCGCGAGUUGUUCGACGCCGGUAUACACAUUUCAAAAUAGUGACCUUUCAAAAAUCAAAAAGGUCUUAUGCGGACAGUAAUAAAAAAUACUGCUACUGUCCGGCGUCGCACUGCACUUUAAGGUGCAGUACCACUGACUCUGUUGGUGGUUCACAAUUGCACGAAAUCGCAAUUGUACUCGCGGAUCAUACGAUCUCGUGAGUUACGCGACGCCAUAAUAUAUUUCUUUGUUUUGUUUAAAAAAUUUGUUACAGCUUUUCGAAGAAAGGAUUCCCGAGAAGAGGUAUUUUGGAGCGAAGCGAGCGUAGAACUGCAAAUGUAUUUUUUCAACUGAAAUAAUUUUUUUCUUAUUCCAUUCUUGAAAUUAUUAAUGUCCUGUAGUUUUCAUUCCUAUAAUUAUAAAAAA